AUGAAGAUAAUCAGUAACCCCGGUUUUCUCUGUCUCUUCUUUUGUCUUCUUGGGUUCCUUGGCAACUCUCCGGUGGAUGCAGCGGUGAAGAAGUACCAAUUCGAUGUUAAAAUGAUGAACAUAAGCCGGUUAUGCAAUGCUAAACCAAUUGUCACGGUUAAUGGAAUGUUCCCUGGACCGACGAUUUAUGCCAGAGAAGGCGACCGAGUCAUAAUCAACGUCACCAACUAUGUACAAUACAACAUGUCAAUCCAUUGGCAUGGACUUAAACAGUACCGGAACGGUUGGGCAGAUGGUCCAGCAUACAUAACUCAGUGUCCGAUGCAGACCGGACAGAGUUACGUUUACGAUUUCAACGUGACCGGACAACGCGGAACCCUCUGGUGGCACGCACACAUCCUCUGGCUACGAGCCACCGUCUACGGAGCUAUCGUUCUCUUGCCUCAAAAGGGAACACCGUAUCCGUUUCCGCAAACUCACCAAGAAACCAACAUAAUCCUCGGAGAGUGGUGGAACAAAGACGUUGAGACGGUGGUUAACCAAGCAAACCAGCUGGGAGCACCGCCUCAGAUGUCGGAUGCUCAUACCAUCAACGGGAAACCCGGUCCGCUCUUUCCGUGUUCCGAGAAACACACAUUCGUGGUAGAGGUCGAAGCCGGCAAAACAUACCUUCUAAGGGUAAUCAACGCAGCUUUAAACGACGAGCUCUUCUUCGGAAUCGCCGGCCACGACCUGACCGUGGUGGAAAUCGAUGCGGUCUACACUAAACCGUUCACAACCAAAGCAAUUUUACUCGGACCGGGUCAAACCACAAACGUCCUUGUCAAAACCGACCGCUCUCCAAACCGGUAUUUCAUGUCCGCUUCACCGUUCAUGGACGCACCAGUGCCCGGAGACAACAAAACCGUAACCGCCAUUCUUCAAUACAAAGGCGUACCAAACACGGUAUUGCCGAUUUUACCAACCCUACCGUUACCUAACGACACGUCGUUCGCUUUGGACUAUAACAAAAAGCUCAAGAGCCUCAACACUCCCAAAUUCCCGGCGCUUGUUCCGUUAAAAGUCGACCGGCGAAUGUUCUACACGAUCGGGCUCGGCAUCAACGCGUGCCCGACUUGUGUGAACGGGACCACUCUCGCGGCUUCGAUAAACAACAUCACUUUCAUUAUGCCCAAAACAGCUCUCUUGAAAGCUCACUACUCCAAAAUCCCCGGAGUUUUCAGGACGGAUUUUCCCGACAGACCGUCAAAGCCGUUUAACUACACCGGCGUGCCACUCACGGCUAACCUCGGGACAUCUACAGGGACCAGACUGAGCCGAGUUAAGUUCAACACGACAAUCGAGCUUGUUUUGCAAGACACCAAUCUCUUGACCGUUGAGUCACACCCUUUCCAUCUUCACGGAUACAACUUCUUCGUGGUUGGAACCGGCGUCGGAAACUUCGAUCCCAAGACGGAUCCGGCUAAGUUCAAUCUCGUUGACCCGCCGGAGAGAAACACCGUUGGGGUACCAACCGGUGGAUGGGCUGCAAUCAGGUGGAGGGCUGAUAAUCCAGGUGUUUGGUUUAUGCACUGUCACUUGGAAGUCCAUACAAUGUGGGGAUUGAAGAUGGCUUUCGUCGUCGAGAACGGGGAUACACCUGAGCUUUCCGUUCUACCACCGCCUAAAGAUUAUCCCUCCUGCUAA